AUGUGUGGAGAGUUUGAUACUUUGUGGAGGUUUUUUCCCGAUGAAUUAAAUGAAUCUGGAGAAUAUUAUAUCAGUGGUGGAACAAUCAAAAAAUAUUGCCCUAAUAAAAAUUGUGACAGUGAUAUCAAUAAGAUUCAUGCUGGAUGUUUAUGGUUAUUGAAUCAAUUUUAUGGGGAUUAUGAUAAAUUUUCGAAUAAUGCAAAUGGCAAGAUUGAUAUUGUUAUAUACAUUAUGACAUGGUUAGGAUAUAAAUUAAAUCAAAAGUUAAAUACAAAAUUUCCAAAUCUAAAUGAAUUUUACAAUAAACAUAUAGAAAAUGCCGAUGAGUAUAAUAAUCAUAUAGAUGAUGUUGAUGAUUAUAGUAGUUAUAAGGAUCUUAUAAAUAAAAAAAAGGAAUAUAUCGAUAUUGAUAUUAAAGAUAUGUCUAAGCUUUAUGAUGCAUUUAAAAUUUUAUGCAAAAUGAUUAUUAAUGCUGAUAAAAAAGACGAUGGGAAAACAUAUUUAGAAAAAGCUAAUGAAUUCGUUAUUGAAUAUCAAAAACUCCUUAAUGAUAAUGAUACUGAAGAUAGUUCAUAUAAUAAAAUAUUGUCUGCAUUAUCAAAUGAUUAUACUGAAUAUGGAAAGUAUACUAUUCAUAGUCAUGUAAAAAAAUUACAUCCACAACUUAUAACGGAAAAAAAAAUACCACAAGUUUUUGAAUCAUGUCCUAAUGAAACGCAAAUGGAUAGUUCUUCGAGUGGAAUAUCAACAUCAAGUUCUGAUACUACAGAACCGACUUCUGAUACUACAGAACCAACUUCUGAUACUACAGCACCAAGUUCAUCGACAUUAAAUAAAUUCAUUUCAAUUCCAUUUAUAUUUGUUGUAACAUUAAUUUUAUUAGGAAUUGCAUAUAAGUAUUCAUUAUUUAAGUCUCGGAAACCCUUUCACAGGCCCAUACAAAAGAAAAAAAAAUAA